GCUUGUUGCCAACUUCCCGUCAGUCAUUUUAUUUGCUCACAGAAAGUUCGCGGUCGACAAAUCAGUAAAAAUCUUUGUCAUCUGCAAGUAAUUUUAAAAGUGACAAAAUGAGUGCUGGAAUGCCUGAAUUGGGCUCCAAAAUAAGCCUAAUAUCGAAAGCCGACAUUCGCUACGAAGGCCGUCUUUUUACCGUCGAUCCUCAAGAAUGUACCAUCGCUUUAGCUAGCGUGAGGUCAUAUGGAACUGAGGACCGUGAGACGCAAUUCCCGGUGGCACCACAAACUCAGGUGUAUGACUACAUCUUAUUUCGUGGGUCUGACAUCAAGGAUAUCCGUGUGCUGAACAAUGUCCCCACCAUCGCCAAUGACCCUGCAAUCAUGCAGAUGUCUGUGCCUCCGUCUCUCACUCCUGGGACCACUCAGGGACAGUACGGAGGGCAGUUCAACCACCCUGUGGUGGGUCAGGCGGGGCAGCAGUAUGCCCAGUACCACCCAAUGUCGGGAUUCCCCACCAAUGUUCACGCUCAGCUAAACAAGACGAGUGAGUUGUCUCCACAAGCAUCGGUGGACCUGGCUCCACAACCUCAGCCAGCCACUGCUCCGAUAGGAUCCGGAGUCAUUCACCAUGCCAACCAAGUGAAAGACCAAGGCUCAAUGCUGGAUCUCAUUGGAGGUGGAUGUCAACAAAAUAACUCGCGCUCUGGUACUCCUGCGGGCCACAGGAAGAGUCCUACAGCUGACCAGGGCACUCAGGUGGGUUCGGUAGCGAGUGGUUCCGGUCAGCGCGACAGGGGGCGCGGCGCGGCGCAGAAGCGAAGUAGUAAGGCGCCGGGAGAGGGCGGAGCGAGUAACACUGGAUUUUAA